UGCAAUGCAACUCUACAAUCUACCACUCGUCAAAUUAACUAAAAGUUAGAACACUUCAGUUCUAUAUAUACCUGGGUUGUCCAACUGAAGCUCAGAAGAAGAAGAGGAAGAAGACAUUAACUUAGCUCAAGAUGGACAAAGUAAACGACUUUAAUUGCAUAUACAGAAACCCCAAUGAACCCAUUGAAGCUCGAGUCAAAGACCUUCUUUCUCGCAUGACUUUAAAAGAGAAGGUGGGCCAGAUGACACAAAUCGAGCGCCGGGUCUCCACCCCAGAUGCCAUUAGAGACUUCUCCAUCGGGAGUAUACUCAGUGCUGGAGGCAGUGUGCCCUUUGAGAAGGCCUUGUCGUCGGACUGGGCCGAUAUGAUCGAUGGGUUUCAGAGAUCAGCUCUUGAGUCACGGCUCGGAAUACCACUGAUAUAUGGGAUUGAUGCGGUUCAUGGGAACAACAGUGUGUAUGGCGCCACUAUAUUUCCUCACAAUGUUGGUCUUGGGGCCACCAGAGAUGCGGAUUUGGUUAAAAGGAUUGGUGCUUCAACUGCUCUUGAAGUCAGGGCUAGUGGCAUUCACUAUACUUUUGCUCCCUGUGUGGCUGUGUGCAGAGAUCCCAGAUGGGGAAGAUGCUAUGAAAGUUACAGUGAAGACACUGAAAUUGUCAGAAAGAUGACAUCUAUUGUUACAGGCUUGCAGGGGCAGCCACCCCAAGGGCAUCCAAAGGGCUACCCUUUCGUACUGGGAAGAAACAACACUAUUGCAUGUGCCAAGCAUUUUGUUGGAGAUGGGGGUACACAUAAAGGUCUUAAUGAGGGGAAUACCAUAUCAUCUUAUGAUGACUUAGAGAGGAUUCAUAUGGCACCAUAUCUGAACUGUAUUUCUGAUGGAGUUUCCACUGUUAUGGCAUCCUAUUCCAGCUGGAAUGGAAGUAAACUGCAUGCUGACCGCUUUCUCCUGACGGAAAUCUUGAAAGAUAAGCUAGGUUUUAAGGGUUUUGUGAUUUCUGACUGGGAAGCACUUGACCAACUUUGCAAACCUCGAGGUGCAGAUUAUCGUUUCUGCAUUUCAUCUGCCGUUAAUGCAGGAAUUGACAUGGUGAUGGUGCCUUUCAGAUAUGAACAAUUUGUGAAGGAUUUGGUAUAUCUGGUUGAACAUGGGAACAUAUCAAUGUCCAGGAUAGAUGAUGCUGUUGAAAGAAUUCUAAGAGUGAAGUUUGUUUCCGGUCUUUUUGAGCAUCCCUUCUCUGAUAGAUCUUUGCUGGACAUGGUUGGUUGCAAGCUUCAUAGAGAUCUAGCACGCGAAGCGGUUCGCAAGUCCUUGGUUCUUUUGAAGAAUGGAAAGGAUUCAAGGAAACCUUUUCUUCCAUUAGACAGAAAAGCUAAAAGAAUACUUGUUGCUGGAACACAUGCUGAUGAUCUCGGAUAUCAGUGUGGAGGGUGGACAGCUACUUGGGAUGGUCGCAGUGGCAGGAUCACAAUUGGCACAACCAUCUUGGAAGCUAUCAAGAAGGCAGUUGGAGAUGACACAGAAAUCAUUUAUGAGCAAUAUCCAUCAGCAGACACCUUAGCACGUGAAGAUAUCUCUUUUGCAAUUGUAGCUGUUGGUGAAGGACCAUAUGCAGAAUUCAGAGGUGACAAUUUGGAGCUUGCCAUCCCCUUCAAUGGAACUGAUGUGAUAAGCUCAGUUGCUGAUAGACUCCCCACAUUGGUGAUUCUGAUAUCUGGAAGACCCUUAACUUUAGAGCCUUGGCUCUUGGAAAAAAUGGAUGCUCUUGUUGCUGCUUGGUUGCCUGGUAGUGAAGGAGAGGGAAUAGCAGAUGUGAUCUUUGGAGAUUAUGACUUCGAGGGCCUAUUACCAGUGUCAUGGUUUAAAAGGGUUGAACAGCUGCCGAUGAAUGCUCUAGACAACUCGUAUGACCCUUUAUAUCCUCUUGGCUAUGGGUUGACUUGCAAUAAGGGAAAAUCCUUACAGUAAAAACAUUUGAGACUAAGGCCGUUCUGAAAUCCUGAGUAGACUGAGCUUCUUGAACCUGUUCAAGCAGAAUGGCAGUUCAUGAAUGAAUUGCCCCUUGGUGUCAAAUGUGUUUGUACUUAAUUGAAUGUAUGAAUUCACCCUAUUCUUGUCUUACGUUACCUUGUUCCCCCGUGCUGCUGUUUCCUAGUCAUUAUUGUCAGCUGGCAUGAAGGAUCCAAA